AUGUCUCUUAACGAAAUAUUAGAAACAGAAUUUUUGAGACGUCCAGUUGAACGAUGGAAAGAUUUAAUUCCAAUAAUCAAAUCAUUUUCUAUUCCAACAUCAUUCUUCAUCUAUUUAUCAAAUAAACUUCCUAUUGAAAAAGCAUAUCAUUUAAUUGAACAUCAUCCAAAAUUAUAUAAAAAUUUAUUCAUUAGAUUAGUGAAGGAAAAUACAACUAUAGAAUAUUGGGACAAAUUAACAAAUAUACUUCUUCCAUUGGCAGAUGGUAAUCCAAACAUUUCAAGUGAUUUAUUAAAUAUAUUCAUUGCAAAAGCAUAUAAGUUUAAUGAACAUAUUGAUACUACUUUCAUUGAAUAUAUUUUAAAUAAUCAACACAUUAAUUUUAAACAAGCAGUUACUAAACUAUAUAAAGAUAAAAGAUAUAUUUCAUAUAUUCUAAAAAAAAGUGAUAGAUAUGCAGUUGAAUUAUAUUGUACUUAUAUUCAUUCUUUAUUAGUCAAACCUACAUUUGAUUGGAUUAAUGAAGCAGUACAAAGAGAUGUUAAAAUUUCUAUUCCAAUUUGUUCAACACCACAAUUAUUAACUUCACUUUCUAUUCAUGACCAAUUUCAAUUAUUAAAAAAAGCAUUACAGAAAGAACCAAAAUUUAUUCUUGUUACUUCAUUAAGAAAUAUUAUUGACUCAUUGAAUGAAAGUGAUUUAUCUGAUUGUCUUCAAAUAGUUGAACCAGGAAUGAUGUAUAAUUGUAUUUGUCUUGGAAAUGAUGGAAUAGAAGAUAUAUUAAAAAAUAUUAGAAGUAUUAUAAUUAUUAAACAAAAUAUUGACUCUUUAAAUAAUGAUUAUGAUAAAUGUUAUUCAUUUUUUGAUUCUUUGUUUAGUAAAACAAAAGCAAAUUUCAAUGAAGUUUAUGAAUAUUUAAUUCUUAAAGAAUAUUACUUUGCCUGUGCUGUUUGUUUAGUGAUGUAUAAACAACAUCAUUUAGCAAUUGAACUUCUUCUAAAACACAUGGAAGUGUUGCCAAGUAAAGAGGAGGUUCUGCAGUUAGUUAUGAAACUUUCAUUAGAGAUAGAAAAUAAAGAAUACCAAAUCGAUCUUUUUGAUAAAUUCCUUCGUUUGUCUGUAGAAUUAGAUAUUAGUUCUAAGGUCUUCAAUCAAAUUCUAAAAGAUCAAUUUAAAGCAAAUUCUUCUUUUGUGGUAAAAUAUUUUUUAGAUGUUACUUUUAAAGAGCCAAUCGACCUAGCAUAUGAACCACUAUUAUAUAAAAUAGAACCAUCACUUCUUUCAAAAUUUGAACAAAUUAAAUAUAGAAAUAAAAAUACUAUUCUUGAAGAUGGCAAAGUACUUCAAUUACAACUCUUAUCUUCACUAAAUAAAUCUAUAGACUUUUCCGUUCAAACAACUGUCAAACUUUUAGGAGAACAUGAACAUUUUGUUGUGUGGUGUCCAAAGCAGCAUUCUUUUGACUUAGAAACUAUAGAAGAAAUAAUUAAAGAGUUUCAAUUAAAAUAUCCAACAAAUAAAGUAGUAAAAGAGUUAAUUGACCUUUACCACCAGUUUAAAACAAACAAUAAUAAAGGAAAAUUAAUUUGUCCUUUCUGUUUGAAGCACACUUUAACAAAAUAA